AUGGCCACCUCCCAACAAAUCUCAAAGAAGAGAAAGUUCGUCGCCGACGGUGUGUUCCAAGCUGAGCUCAACGAGUUCUUCACUCGAGAACUCGCUGAAGAGGGAUACUCAGGAUGUGAAGUACGAGUUACCCACGCCCGAACCGAAAUCAUCAUCCGAGCCACUCACACUCAAGAUGUUCUCGGUGAGAAAGGUCGAAGAAUCAGAGAAUUGAAAGCUUUGGUCGAGAAGAGAUUCAAGUUCCCCGAAAACUCUUUGGAACUCUACGCCGAGAAGGUCCAAUUCAGAGGUUUGUCAGCUGUCGCUCAAGCUGAGUCCCUUAGAUACAAGUUACUUGGUGGUCUUGCUAUGCGAAGAGCCUGUUACGGUGUCCUCCGAUUCGUCAUGGAAUCCGGUGCCAAGGGUUGUGAAGUCGUUGUAUCUGGUAAACUCAGAGCUGCCCGAGCCAAGUCCAUGAAAUUCACCGAUGGAUUCAUGGUUCACUCUGGUCAACCCGCUGCCGACUACAUCGAUUACGCCGUCCGACACGUUCUCCUCAGACAAGGUGUGUUGGGUAUCAAGGUCAAGAUCAUGAAACCCUUCGACCCAGAGGGUAGACAAGGUCCUUCCAAGAACUUGCCCGAUGUCAUCAACAUGGUUGAACCCAAACCCGAAGGUGCCAUUGAGAUCCGAUCAGAACACAAAGAACCCCAAGUUCAAGCUAUCCCCCCUCCUGCUCAACAACAACAACCUCAAGAGGCCCAACCCGCCGCUGAAGGUCAAUACUAA